GAAAGAGAAGUGACAACUAAGAAGAUAAGAGUGGGACCCACCGAAUCGGUUACGAUAUCGCCAACCAUCAAGCCAGCCACACUAUUAUGUUGUGUGGCAUGGCGUCACUUGGCACCCCUGCGCAUGUUAGCAGCAACAGGCCAUUGCAGUGUUCCACUUGGAAGGCGAAGCGAGUGAGGUGCGCAGUGUCGUCCCCAAGGUGGCGUGAGGGGCGGCGCACGGUUUCGUUCUCUCUGCUUCUCUCCCACCUCCUUCUCAUUCCUCACCGUGCUGCUGUUCAGGCAAGUCCUUUCGAUAAUUAUGUUAAGAGAAAAAAACUUGAUCCUCUGGAGGCUUAUGUACCAGCUGUCAUACUUACGGAGUUUCAGAUCAAGGACUUAGAAAAAACAUUAGAGGGUGAGGAACCCCAAUAUGACUUCUGUCGGUCUCUACUUCGUUCCGGGCCCGCAGCAUCACUUCGUGUAAAUAUAAGAGCAGUGGCACAGUAUGCAUCUGACAGUGGCAAUGGUAAAACUGCUUCCAAUGAUGUUGAUGAAUGUCUGAGGUCACUAGAAGAACUUGAUUCCCUGCUUCUUCAUGCAACAAGAAAGGAUCCUGAAGCCUCGGUCAAAUCAAUGAAAGCAAAAAUCAAUUCCGCCCUUAACGCUCUAGACAGCCUCUUAAAAACUGUGCCUUCAGAUGUGCUAAGUAAGGGAAAGGUUAUAGCUGAUUCAUACAGGGAACCGGAAGGCGAGGAAACAGGUAGUUUGGACCCUGAAUUAAAGCAACUACAAUCAAUACUAUGAAUAUCUAGCAUGCUUAUUCGCCUUUUAGUAUUAGUCAGCUUACUUGAGAACUAAAGAUUAUAGAACCAAUGUUCC